UUCACAGUCACUCGAGGCCCCAUUACUUCGCGUCUCGAUAAGUUGACGCUGCACAGAAAUUAUGUCUCGUACCCUGGGUUCGGGCCUUGAUAACAUCUACCUGGUGGAAAGCAUUGUCGAUCGGAGGGUCCGGCGUGGGAGAGUGGAAUAUCGUGUUCGUUGGAAAGGGUUUCCUCCCGAACAGGAUUCAUGGGAACCUUUCACUAGUCUCAAGGAACCUUGUCAUCCAUUAAUUCAGGAAUUUCACACCCGGUACCGAAAAGUAUUUGCAGGGAAAAGGCGUUAUACCCUACCCCUGGUUAACUAUCAGCGUGUCAAAUCUACUGAGUAUCUUUUUCCCACUGCUAGCCGCACUGCCAUCACCAAACGCGGUGUUAAAAAUAGCCUUGAUGAGUCAUCGGUUGACAAAAUGGUUUCCUUAUCUAACCGUGGUCAAUCUGCGCUAAAACAUGACGCUGAACCUGGUGUCCCCCAAAGUUUACCCGCGACCAACACCUCCCUUUCCCUACCUGUCCUCACUCGACCAACCUCAAUCAUCACACAACCGAGUUCAGUUCCCUCAGGCUCAUCUUGCCAAACAGCCACACACUCUUCGGACGGUACUAUCCCAGUGGCUGCCGAUCGGGUCCACCCAAAUAAAUCACGCGUUUUGGAGGCAGUUGGUAAACCCAGCGCGUCUCACUCGGCCGCUCGAACAUCGAGUAGGGACAGCACUACCUCGAGUAUUUCAACCACCUCCUCUUCAAAAAAGUCCCCCCGGGUUCCCAAAGUGCUGACGAAUCCAGUUGGCAAACGUCGAGGCAGGAAACCUGCUUCUAGCUACAACACUGCCGAAGGUCUUUAUCCCCCCAUAUCAAUUAAUUCUAAACUCAAAGUGGUCCCUGUCAAAAAUAACAAAGUUAAACGGCAUUGCGACUUGCUUCCCUCUUCUUCCCUAAACCAACAAACUUCUGCGCUUAAUGUUACUUCAAAUGUCGACCAAAGUACCAAAGAAACGAAGUCCGCUAAUGCAUCCCCUGAUUUAAGUCCGGAACCCAGCCGCAAAUCUGUAACCAUAAUGCUCAAAGCGUCUCCCACACAAGAAUUUCACAGCACAAAAGAUCUACAAACCCACCAAGGAGUGGCUCAUGUUUCAGCGGUCUCCGGCUCUCGGAACACGACAGAGAGAAAGCGUGGUUAUCCUGCUUCUGUCAGGAAAAAAUCUCAACAAACGAUUGAGAAAAGUUCCAGUUCUGACCUUCAAACUGGGUCCGUUUCUACCGUCGUUCCCCAGUCGGUACCCGACUCUCAUGUGGCCAAGGUCAUGGAUGUUGUGUUACAGCUGAGAGAAUCCCGUCGCCGCCCUGUUCAAACAGCUGUUUCAAGUUUGUGCAGACGUCAAUACAAUCUAUCUGCAACCUCGGUUCUCACAGCCUUAAACUUCUUAGUUUCUCAAGGCCAGCUGCACGAAAUUCCUUCCGCAGGCGGUAUAUCUUACCGUUCCAAUCCUCGUAUUGUAGCCCGAGGCGAUCUAUGCGAGUCAAAAGGAUUAUCGGCUCGUAUUAAAGCAAAAUAUGUUCCAUCUAUGAAAAGAAAAAGGUUUGGUUGUCAGGCUAAUCUUGCACCUGGGCGUAAACGCUCUUUACUGAAGAAGUCAAAUAGCUCUUUGCUCCCAAAAAGAGCUCGCCUCGAGCAACAGUCCUCAGAUGCUCCCUCCCGUAAUUCCUUUUUCAAGCGUGAAAAUUCAAACUGGUCUGCAGGACAGCCAUUUGAGCGCUUUCUAAAACCGUCAAAAUCUCAUCUAUCCAACAAUCGCAGCGGCACCGCUGUGCCCGACUCUUAUUUAUCCCUGGGAAACUCUACCAGUGCUAAUUACAACUCCGGAUUGAAAUGCAAUCGGUUCUCAUUUGUUGGCGACAACCGGCCGGUUGCUGAGGAUGAUCAAUGUUCGACCUAUUGUACUCGUAAGUAUACUUUCUCUGGUUUAGUCAUCUACCGUUGA